AUGCGGCUGCCGUGCGAGGUGUCGGUGGUGAGCCGCCUGCUGCCCUCCGCCGGGCUGCGGGGCCCGGGGCGCGCCGUCAGGGCUCUCCUCGCCCUGGGGAAGCCGCCCGGAGCAGGCGGAGGCGAGGUCUGGCUCCUGGUCAGCACCGCCCGGCACCGCCCGGGGGCCAAGUACCAGCUGAGAGAGAACAUAGAACAGCUUUUCACCAAGUUUGUGGAGCAAGGGAAAGCCACUUUACGACUGAAGGAGCCAGCAGUAGACGUCUGUCUCAGCAAGGCAAAUGUCAGUCAGCUGAAAACUUUCCUCUCUGCCGUGAAGCUGGCUCACCGAGGUACCAAUGAGGAGAACUUGCCGCUGUCCGCCUUGGUCACACCGAAAGCUUCUGAAGUUGAGAAACCGAAAACUAAGAUGAUCAUAACAUCAAGGAAGGAUUAUCCUUUAACCCAGAACUUCCCCUACUCUCUGGAGCAUCUCCAAGCCUCCUACUGCAAAUUAGCCCGCCUUGAUAUGCGCGUGCUUUGCUUGAAAAGCCUCCGGAAACUGGACUUGAGCCACAAUCGUAUUAAAAAGCUGCCAGCGACUAUUGGGGACCUUGUGAACCUUCAAGAGCUCAAUCUACAGGACAACCACUUGGAGUCAUUUUGUGUGGCACUGUGUAACUCCACCCUCCGAAAGUCACUCCAGUCUCUCGAUCUCAGCCAGAAUAAAAUCCAAGCGCUUCCAGCACAGUUUUGCCACCUGCGGGAACUCAUUCACUUGAAGAUAGAUGACAACAGCCUAAUUAGGCUACCCUUCAAGAUCGGUCAACUGAGUCAGCUCCGCUUCUUGUCUGUGGCUCGUAAUAAGCUCCCGUAUUUGCCCAGUGAAUUUGCAAAACUGUCCCUUGAAAACCUAGAUUUAUUUGGCAACCCUUUUGAGCGGCCUGAGCCACUUGUUCCUGACAUACAGUUAAAAAUACCGUUGACUUUAUUAGAAUAUUCUGCAAGAGCGACAGUCAAUUACAGGCUCCCGUAUGGCAGCCACGUCCUCCCUUUUCACCUCUGUGUUGAUCUGGACAUGGCGAAGACCUGUCAGUGUGGGCAGGCUUGCUUGAGCUCCUUCAUUCAGACAACAGUGACUAUGAAUCUGCACAGUGUGGCUCACACCGUUGUCCUUGUGGAUAAUAUGGGAGGCACGGAGGCCCCCAUCCUCCGCUACUUCUGCUCUCUGACGUGCUACGGCCAAUUUCUGGAUAGAUACCUGCAAAGCGUCCGGUGACCUUAAACAAACACCAUGCGCAGUUGGGAGACGCUUCAGUCAGCAGCAGGACAAACACUUGCUGAGCGCUGUUCUGUGCAGUAUUGAAAUGCAAGGAUGCAGUGUUAGAGGGACACAACAGUCAGUCAACAAAUCUGGAAACUAUUUCUUUCCUUUUUUUAUCAGUCAGAAAGAGGAAGGAAUGCAAAGCUUGACUUUUCAGUAGAACACACCUUAGUUUGUUAAAGGCUGCAUGUCUGUUUGAGCUGUCUUGCUUGAAUAGAUCAGAGAAGCUGUUUGCCUGUCUGAACUAUGGAAGGCUUUAGGUUUUGUUUGUGAUGCCAAACGUGUGUUCUUUCAUCCUCACUGCUGAUUAAUGCUAUGAGCGGGGACAGCUGAAAGUUGUUUCCCCUAAGCAAGAACUUGUUUUUCUCAUUCCAUAUAGGGAAAGUUCCUCCUAAAAAUAAUCAUUUAGUGGUGCUUUACUGGGAUAAAGCAGCUAAUGUUCAAAAUAUGUUUAAAAGUUUGCCUGCGGUGGAACAAGAAGAUAGAGACUUCUUUGAAUAUGCAGAAUAUGUUCUGAAAAUCUCUGGGUUAUUUCAGUCCUGUUGAACAAUUUUCUGAACAGGGUGCUAACUCUGAACACACAGCAGUAUUAUGAGUAUUUUACAAAUUGGUAUAAAUGUGUGGUUUUUAUACCUUUGGUCACACAAAAAAUUGUCAUACAACCAGCCAUGUUUCCAUGCAGAACUUGAGAACAAUUACUGUAAAGGCUACUUCAUAGGUUAAAGUUUGUAUCAGAAACUGAUUUCCUUAGUUUGGAAUACGUUUGCAUAAUGUUUUUGAAUGACACAUGCAGAAAGAGUAGUUUUAGCGGACAAGGUAUGGAUGUGAAAAGAUCAGGACUCUGCUAAUAUAGAUUUUGCCAGGAAAGCUCUGAUGAAAUUGGUUUCCAAAUAUGUCAUGUAUUAUUUGAGGUAGCUUCUGUAUUAUUAACUGCUGAAACCCUCCUUAUAGAAAAAUACAUUCAUAACGAUGCUCAAAUAGCU